AUGAAUGAUCGAUUUCGAGACUUCAAGGUUGGAGGAAACUUGGAGGAUGCCCUACGCAAGGAGAUGGACCAAGCGAGCUCCUCUCCAUUCACUAACGAGAUCGAGCAAGCAGCCCUUCCAAGGCGAUUCACAACCCCAUUUUCACGUCAUUCAAAGGGGAUUCCAAUCCCAAGAGCCAUAUGA